GCGAAUCGCACUUGGUUACCAGUGAUGUUACUCUCCGCAUGCCGCCCGCCGCCCAACCUCUUCCACUGCUCGCGACUUGUGGCGCGUGAGGGGGACACGUGGCUGUACAACCUGACGGCCAGUGACAUGCUGACACGUGUACAGCCCCUAGGAUCCUGCGCCAUGGCGCAGCCUAUCAACAGCAAGGUCUCAGCCAACCAGCGCGUCGCGUAUGCUACAGUGCUACACUCAUCAGAGCACUAUGUGUGCGGCGCAAUAGUACUGGGGCACAGUAUAAGGAGGACGGGGAGCAGGCACGAGAUGGUUGUGCUUGUAUCGAAGGAGAUUCGAGAGGAGAGCAGGCGAGGGCUGAGGGAGGCGGGGUGGACGGUGAAAGAGGUUGAGAGGAUUCGCAACCCCAACGCUCACAAUGGGACUUAUAACGAAUGGAACUACAG